CCGGGGGCGGGGCUUGAAGCGGAGAGGGAGGGAAAAGAAAAGAAUCCGACAGGGAGUGGAGCUGGCUUCUACGGUGGCCGGAGAGGGACGUGCCGAGCGGGAGGCUGCAGGAUGAUGCGAUUCAUGCUACUGUUCAGCCGACAGGGGAAGCUCCGACUGCAGAAAUGGUACCUGGCCACCUCAGACAAGGAGAGGAAGAAAAUGGUCCGGGAACUCAUGCAGGUUGUGCUGGCUCGAAAGCCUAAAAUGUGCAGCUUCCUGGAGUGGAGGGACCUCAAAGUCGUCUACAAGAGAUACGCCAGUCUGUAUUUCUGCUGCGCCAUUGAAGGUCAAGACAACGAACUGAUCACGCUGGAGCUGAUCCACCGAUACGUGGAGCUCUUGGACAAGUACUUUGGCAGCGUGUGCGAGCUGGAUAUCAUCUUCAACUUUGAGAAAGCCUACUUUAUCCUGGAUGAGUUUCUGAUGGGUGGGGAUGUCCAGGACACCUCCAAGAAGAGUGUGCUUAAGGCCAUUGAGCAGGCCGACCUGCUACAGGAGGAGGAUGAGUCGCCGCGCAGUGUCCUGGAGGAGAUGGGCCUGGCAUAGCCCCGUCAGCCAGCCAGGGGACCCUGUGGAGCUGGGGAAGCCGAGACAAGAGGCAGCACUUGGGGACUGUUUCUCCCACCUCUCCCCCAGGUCCCUUCUCUUGGUGGGAGCUGGCUGCUUUUCUUCGGCCACCUCACCUUCCUUGGAAGGAGCUGUGGCUCCAGCCCUUCAUUCAAACAUUCCCUCCCUCCACCCUCUACCUUUCCCAGUGGAGGCUUUAGGAGUAGGAAGGCAGGAAAAUGUGACCUGGAUGGGGGUGCUAAGUGGCUUUCAUUCCCUUCCUUGGAAGAACCAAUGUUAACCCCAGCCAUCCUCCAUCCUCCCCGUCCUUUAUUGCUGUAAAUAUAUAAAUAUGUCAGGUUAAAGGGAAAAGGUUUCCAGGGCUCUUUUCUCCCUCUGCCCCAAAACCUACCUCCACCCCUCCCCAUAGCCAGCCAGGGCAGCGUCUCUGCCUGGGAGGGGAUUUCCCUCUCCUGCCCCCACUUCCUGCUGGGCUCCUGUCCAGCCAGAGCCAGGGAAGGAACCACCAAGUUAAUGGUUUUCUGUCCUUGCCUCCUGGAGGGAAGGGACAGUUGGGGGAAGGGCCUGCUUUCUGGGACACUGGCCCUAUCCCCCUCCACUCCAGCCAAGCAAGCGGCUGCCUCUAUUUCCUUUCUUCUGGAAUAAAAGAACACGUGUUUCUGGA